AUCUGUGAGAUUUUUGUAAAAUGAUUCCCAAAGUUUACCUUUCAGUUAUGAAAGGCAAUAAACAUAAUAAGAAAUACCCACGGCAGCUGAUAUGAUUGUAAGUUAAAAAAAAUUAAACAUUGCGUUUGUUGGUUGUAGGAUUUUCUUUAGUAUUACCUUUAACUUUAAAUUUUUAGCGUUAGUGGUGAAAGCAACAGUGAUGAGUGAUUUUCACUAAAUUCGGAGAAACGUCAGAUAAAACUUUAGUAAAGCAGGAAGUAACAAUUGAGGACAUCCAAGAAACAGCUUGCAUCUGCCGCUAUGUAUAAAUGCUCAACAACAAGCUUUCUGCGAAGGGAUGGGAAUACAGAGACAACGUACGCCUUCGCGGAAAGAGUUUGCAGACAGCCAAUGAGAUUGAGGCGUUCAACCACGUGACUCUGCCUUCCCGCCACACUGUGGUCUCUGUGCAGUCUCAUCAGUCAGAGACGCGAUCGUCCCACGUCUUCACCAAUUCACCUGACAAACACCAGCAACAUGAAGCUGCAGAGUGUCGUCAGCACUUAUCUGAUAUCACUUAUCCUCCUUACAUGUCUAGCCGAACCCAUGAAAGCUCGUGUGGUUAACGGGACGUUGGAGGCAGGACGUCUAGAGAUAUAUUUCAAUGUAGAAGGGGGAACAGCGUGCAACUUCAUGUUUGAAAUUGAAGAGGCUACAGUGGCCUGCGGGAUGUUAGGCUUUAACAGCACUGAAGCAGCUAUUGACAAAUUAGUCGAAUACAAACAAAGUUCAAGUCACAUUGUAAUGUACGAUGUAAGGUGCAGUGGGGCGGAAACCAUUCUGGUACAGUGCUCUCACAAAUAUUUUCUCUUCCAUGACUGCAAUGAUGUCGAAGAUGUCGUUGUCAUCUGUAAAAAAACCGAACCAAUGAAAGCUCGUGUGGUCAACGGGACGUUGGAGGCAGGACGUCUAGAGAUAUACUUCAAUGGAGAAUGGAGAACAGUGUGUGACAAAGGAUUUGGAAAAGAAGAGGUUACAGUGGCCUGCAGGAUGUUAGGCUUUAACAGCAAUGAAGCUGCAGCUGUCAGCUCAGUCAGAUACGGACAAGGUUCGGGCCCCAUUCUAAAAGACAACUUGCAGUGCAGUGGUUCGGAAACUAGUCUUGCACAGUGCCUUAGUUUCUAUACAGCUUCCUGCGAGCAUUCACAAGAUAUCGGUGUCAUUUGCAACAUUACUGAGCUGAUGAAAGUUCGCUUGGUUAACGGAAAUUCAGUCGCAGGACGUCUAGAGAUACAUUUCAGUGGAACAUGGGAAACAGUGUGUGACUACGGGUUUGAAAAAGAAGAUGCUUUGGUGGCAUGUAGGAUGUUAGGCUUUAACAGCACUGAAGCAGCAGCUGUCAGCUCAGUCAGAUACGGACAAGGUUCAGGUCACAUUCUCCUCAAAGAUGUGCGGUGUCGUGGGACGGAAACCAGUCUGGCGAAGUGCUCUCACGGAGAAUUCUAUCCUCAGAAGUGCAAUCACUCACAGGAUGUCGGUGUCAUCUGUAACAUCACUGAACAGAUGAAGGCGCGUCUGGUUAACGGAAGGUCUAAGGCGGGUCGUCUAGAAGUGUUUUUCAAUGGAGAAUGGAGCACAGUAUGUAACAAGGGUUUUGGCAAUAAAGAAGCGCGUGUGGCCUGCAGGAUGUUACAAGUCAAUAGCUCUGAAGUGGCAGUUGUCCCCACAGUAAGGUAUGGAAGAGGUUCAGGACAUAUUCUCCUUAGCAACAUCUGGUGCAGCGGGGAGGAAGCUAGUCUGGCACAGUGCUAUCACGGACUUCUGUAUCCGCAGGAUUGCGAUCAUUCCAAUGAUGUCGGUGUCGUCUGUAACAUCAAGAACCAUGUCCACGUGUAAGUCCUGCUGUCGGAUGGACUGACUUUCAAGAAGAACUGGGCGCAGGAAGAGUUUAAACAGCGGCAUGACGGUGACGAUGAAGCAGAGACAUUGCAGUGAGGGUGGAAAAACACAUUACACAAGUCUCUAACUAAAUUGUUCUCGCCAUGAGAAACUUUAACCUGAAAACUGUUUAUGGUGGGCUGGCAGCCAUUCGUCUUGAAGUGAAAUGUCAGGUUGACGAAACUGUUCUCCUUGACAUUG